CGGGAGACAAGCUGCGACCCAGACGACAGUUGGUGCUACACGGUUAGCUGUUUAGCCGUUUAUCCGUUUUUCUUAAACUAUAAACCGGCGGAAACUUUUCCGAAGUUCACCAGUGAAUGUUAUUCGUCUGCCGUUAGAGGAACCGUGGCGUGGGGAACAUAAAGGCAUAAAACCACUCUGCCUGGGAUGAUGUUGGCGUAUAUCUGGCAGUACGUCUAUUCAUCCUUCCUUCGCUUCUGGCUGAAAUGGUUUCUCAGACACGUCACAGGCAAAUGUGAACUGCAGCGGAUAUGUGCUGGGUACAAGCAAGGAGCACUGAGGACGACACAGAUAGAGUACUCCCUGAAAUCCUCAAAAAACAAGGUGUUGCAAGAUGCUGUGAGUGUGAAGGAGGAUGCUGUGGUGGGCUGUGUGGCACAAAUCAUGAAAGAAAAGAAUGUCAACGCCCAAAAAGACCCAACGUUUAAGGGGAAUCUUCAACAGUGCCUGUUGCAAAUAAGUGGCUAUAGCACACUGUUCACGACAGUCGAAGAGCUAAGAAAAGAGGUGUUCGACUCAGAAAAUGAAGACCAUGAGAAAAUGCUUCUUAAGUUGUGGGACUUACUGAUGCCAUCAGUUAAGUUGGACUCUCGAUUCACAAAGCAGUGGGGCGAUAUUGGGUUUCAAGGUGACGACCCAAAGACUGACUUCAGGGGAAUGGGCAUGCUUGGCCUGGUGAACCUUGUUUUUUUCAGUGAGAACUACACCAACGCAGCGCGACAGGUCCUGUCACAUGCAAACCAUCCCAAGCUGGGGUACUCUUAUGCCAUAGUGGGCAUUAACCUGACAGAGAUGGCCUAUAGUUUACUGAGGAGUGGCGCUUUGAAGAUGCAUUUCUACAACACUGUGGCAGGAAAACCUGAAAUGCGUGACUUUCACCAGCUUUACUGCUACCUGGCAUACGAGUUCGAUAAAUUCUGGGUGGAAGAGGAGCCUGAGAGCAUCAUGCAGUUCAACCACUACAGAGAGAAGUUCCACGACAAGGUCAAAGGGUACCUUCAGGAGCCAGAUGUCACCCUCAUCUUGAAGGUGGACACUAAAAACUGAUCCACACUCCAAAGGACCCGAAAUGACUGAACAAACAGAUGACUGAAUAAUAGCGUUUUUAUGGACGUCUCUCUCCCAUGCUUCCUGUUUUUAAACAUAGUAGCGGCAGUUUUAUGGUACUUUAAACCACAGAGCCUCAGUCAGUGAUCAUUCCUGAACACUAUACUGUAGAAUUACUGGUUUAUGUGGUCAGGGACUUGCCCACGCUUAAUACUACAAGAAAUUUUAGGUCAUGACAGUAAUGUUUAGAACUAGUUGGUCCUGUAGCUAGAUUGGAUCUCUCUCCUCACUUGAUAUUUUGGUUGCAUAUAUUUAUGAUUCCUGUGAGUUUGCUCUUGUGGUCGUCUGUCAUCUCAGGAAUUUGAUAUGUGUCCACAGAGGAAGAUCGUAUAUGAUCAACAUGAAAAGUGUGUUUUUUCUUGAGCAAAAUUGUCUUGCACAUAGACAGUUCAACCCUUUUGCAUGUUUUAAUGCUUUUUUUGAUGGCUAAUAAAUUUACCCCAUGAUAUAUUUCUUUAAGUGGCCUGUUGCCAUGUAACAGAAAUGAAUGGUUAAUGUAUUUAACGUGUAACUCUGUAGUCAGUGACAUAAGCAGUGAAAGUACUGCGUUGGGGUUUGUGUAUCAAUAUUCACCGUCUUAUUUAUACAAUUUUGCUGGACAUUUUGUAGUUCCAGUCGCACUAUGAAUUGCUUUGGACAGUUGCAGACAUUAAUAAACUAAAUCAGUGGUUAA